AUGGCUUACUGCACGCCGUGCGAUAGAACUUUUGUCCAUCAAGCCGCCCUUGCCCAGCAUAUUGAGGAUAGCAUGAUACAUCGGGCGAAUUACGGCAGGUACUGCAGCACAUGCAAUCGUCGUUUUACCGACCCUUCAGCUCUUCGAGACCACCGCUCGAGAGCACACGCAGUCUACGAAGCAUACUGCCGACCGUGCGGUCGUUACUUUGUUGAUGAUGCUGCUCUUCAGGAUCACCUCGAUUUCUCGAGCGCUCAUGCAGCCUCCGAACCGUAUUGCCAGAGGUGCGAUCGUUAUUUUGUCGACGAUGUCGCCCUUGAACAACACCUCGAUUACUCUACGGCACAUCAGGACGACUCCGACGACUCCGACGACUACGAUUACUCUGAUGAUGAAGAUGAGCCUUAUUGUAUGACCUGCGAUCGGUAUUUCGUCAAUGACGAAGCUCUCGAACAACAUCUUGAUACCUCCGGUGCCCAUAACUUCUUCAAUGCACCAAGUGCCUACAGAAUUCCAGCGUCGAGUUCAGUACCUACAGUUCAACAACCGGCCUCGAGUUCAGUACCUAGUAUUCGACAACCAGCCUCGAGUUCAGUGCCCAGUAUUCGACAGCCGGCGUCAAGUUCAGUACCUACAGUUCGACAGCCAGCGUCGAGUUCAGUACCUACAUUUCAACAACCGGCCUCGAGUUUAGUACCCAGUAUUCAACAACCAGCCUCGAGUUCAGUGCCCAGUAUUCAAAAACCAGCCUCGAGUUCAGUGCCCAGUAUUCAACAAUCAGUAUCAAGUUCAGUGCCUAG